CGGGGGGAACGUUUUCUUUUUGGGGGGUUUUGUCUCUGAGAUUUGGCGACGCUGAAGGAAAAUGUCGAGCACUAACGAUAUAGUUUUAUCCGAGCAAGGCUGGGAUAAGCGAUUUGCUCUGCCCGAGUCCAACACUAAAAACACAGCUGUGAUGGAGGAGGUUUUAAAAAAAGACGCAGAAUUGGUGCAACUGGAAAACAAACUUGAGAGAAAGGAUGCGGACGAUAAGUCAGUGACUGAUUUUUUCCGAAAUGCCAAACAAAUGCUGGGAAAAACUGAGGCUCUAGGCAAGGCUAAGGAGCAGGAGGAAGAGUUGGUGAAACACCUCACAGCCCUUACAGAGAGAGAGAGAGACCGCCUAGCACAAGAGGCUGCAAAGAUUGACAAUGAAAAAAAAGGUUUAGCAGACAGAAGUCACAUUCAAGAGAACCAAAUGUUCAAGACCAAGAAAAAGCUGGAGGAGUUCAGGAACCAGAUGGACUGGGACCAGCAGUCCCUGGAGGAAUUUUUAGAGGAAUGCGCAGAAAAAGAUGAGGACACAAUGGCUAUUAUCAAGUUUGCCCAGCAAGAUGAUCAGAGGAUCAAGUCACUCACUCUGGCUAUAGAGAAGAAGACGCUGGAGGCUAAUGAAAAGCACAGAGCACUUGACAAAGAAUUAACUGAGACUACAUCUGCACAGGUCGCCUUAGACAAAACCACAGAGAAUUUGCAGCAAGCCCACCUGGAGACAAAGCAGCUCAUCCACCAGUGGGAAAACACCAUCAAGCAGAUGAAGCAACGAGAUGAUGAGAUGCAGCAGUUUGCACUGAAACUUGCCCAAGCCAACCAGGGUAUCAGGGAGAAGACUUCAACCAUUAUAAGAUGGAAGCAUCUGCUGGACACUGAGGAGAACAACAACAAGGAAACCAAGAGGAAGAUAACCAUCACCAACCAACAGGCUGGAAAGCUAAGACAAGAUUUGAAGGACCAGGAGAUAAACUAUAGGAGGCUACAGGAUGAGCUGCUGAGUUGCAGUGUCACACUGGAAAGAGCAACAUCUAAUGUGAAGUCUGUGAAGUCACAAAUAUCCAAACUGAAGAAAGACAUCAAGGAAAACAAUGACAAACUGAAAAAAGCCGAGAACUACAAUGUGGCACUGGAAGAGAGGCUCAAAGUCGUGACUCAAACUGCCCUUAAUGAGGAGGAGCGAGCUGCACAGAUGGAACAGUUCCUCAAGGAGGAGGAGAAGGCAACAAAGGAGUUGGAUGUCAAGCUGGUUGACAACAGGGAGGAGCUUUACCGAUGUAAAGGGAAGUUACAGUCUCUGGAAACAGAGGAGAAGAAUGCUAUUGCCCUGGUUUCCAAGAGCAAAUCCACCAUUACCAGCCUGGACAGCAAGCGAAGAAAUUUAGAGAAGGAAUUAUCCAAACUGCAGGCUACCCUGCAUGAGAAGGACUUGCAGCUCCUCCAUAUGGAUAAGAAAAUGGCUAAGCUGCAAGGUAACAUUCAAGAAGAAGAAAAAAGAGUGCUGGAUGAGAAGAUCACAGAGCUGACUGAAAUCCUGGAGGAGAAGAAAAAGACAGCUAACAUGCUAAACAAUGCACUCAAGGAGGCAGCGGAUGAUGUUCGCUUCUUGAAGAAAGAGAUGGACAAAUCAGAAGCUCAUAAAAAGGAUCUGACUGAGAAGGUGGAGGUGCUCAGACUGCAAAAUACUACCAAUGGAAAAGAGUUGAACAGAAUCAGGCUAAAGAAACAGGACAACUUGGUGGAGCACAACAUCUUGAAGAUGGAGGUGAAGCGUAAGAGGGAUCUGAUGUACAACAAGGAGGACAGCGUGCUCUCUUUGGAGAAGAGGAAGCUAGAGUUUCAGAGAGUCAUAAAGGAGCGAGAGGAUGAGAUCAAAGUCUACAGAGAAAUGCUUGCUCAGCAGCUCAAAAUGAGUGAGGAGGAGAGGCAGAGACUCAGUGCUGAACUGAAUGAGAAACUGUCCAAGGUCGACGUACAGAAGACACGCUAUGAGGUGGUGAUGCUUUCACUGGGAGCUCCAGAAGGGGAAGAGGAGAGAUCACAGGCAUACUACAUCACAAAAGCUGCACAAGAGAAGGAGGAGCUCAGGCAGAAGGGAGAUAGUCUUGAUACUCAAGUCCGCAAGGUGGAGCUGGAAAAUAAAGCUCUGGAAAACACCAUCCAGUUAUUCAACCACUGUAAUGGGGAGUUUCGCAAAUCACUCACCAAAGCAAGUGAAUCGAGUCCAGAGUUCCAGGAAAACCUGAAGCUAGAACAGCAGCUGAAUGCAGCUGAAGAGAUGCUAAGGUUUAAGGGAAGGAAGAUGAAAGAGUUUCAACAGGAUAUGCAGGACAUGAUCAAUACCGUGGAGAGCCAAAUGCAACAAGAGCAGGUGGAGAAAGAUAAAAUAGAGUCAAACCAGUCACUUAUCAGUGAGAUGAAGACAGAAAUUGCUCCCCAAGAAGAGAAAACUAGCAGAACCACAAAGCAGUGCUUUAAACUGAUCAAAGAGAUCUGCUCUGCAAAAAACACUACAACUUUUGAGGAGAAAGGCAUACGACUAAAGGAGCUGAUGGAAUUCAACAAGAGUAUCGACAAGAUUCUGAUUGAAGCCAUGGAGGACAAUCCUGACCUCACAUCAGCACUGGAGAAAUACUUCCUUCAGGCCAGUCUGACUCUGCCAUCUCGACCUUCCACUCCCACAAGCCGCCAGAGCUCCAAGACAAACUCUGCCCGUAGCUCCGCCUCCCUCAGGUUUUCAGCAUCCUCAGCUGGCAGCAGCCCGAGGGCCUCUGCACUGCAAUCCCCCAUACUGAAGACUGUGGACCUGGCCCUGGACCUGGCUGGGACCUGUUCUCCUCCCACCUCCUCCAGGCGCUCCAGCUCUGUCAGCAACAGCAGCAGUAGCAGCACAAAUUCAAAGAAUGCAUGAUACAGUUCUUCUUUAUAAAGUUCAUGUGGGUUAAUGACAUAUAAAGCGUAAUUGAUUUGCAGUUGCAGCACCUGACAUUUGCAGCUAAUUUCAAAUAAAACAGAUGAAUAUUUUGACAUAUAAUUACUUUAUUCUAGUCACAAAGAGGAUACCUAAAGGCUGGCUCAAACUGCACAAAUUCAGCUAGAUUUUGGCCCGAUUGUAACAUCGCGGCUCAUGGUCCUGAUUUUUAGCAUCAGGAAUGACAAAUGCUCCUGUAAUGUGAUAUAAUUAAUGACACAUCCAAGACGCCCCACGGCCACAACUCAACAAAGUCCGACAUGGUGCUGUUGAGAACGAUCAAAAAAAUUGUGAAGUCUGACCCAGCCUUAAGAAAAACUGAAAUCAAUUUUAUCUAAAUACGUGAUACCUCAUAUACCUAAUUAAAAGUAAAAACAAUAUUUUAGAGUGAUAAAUGAUAUUAUUCAUUUCAUAUAUUGACACUUUUUGCAGUUUCACCACCUGAAGCACUGGU